AUGGCAUCAUCAUCCAUUCAUCUCCCUCCAAUUCUCUCCGCCGGCGGCAUCAUCACCCGCCGCAACCUCCUCCUCUCCACCACAAUCGCCACCGUAUCUCCCUCUCCUCAACUCCCUCCUUCUCCCGACCUAACAAUCACCGAUCGCGUCUUCCUCGAUUUCGCCCUCUGCCCCACCUACUUCCGCUCCGAUCCCUCCGCCACACUCUCCACCACCACGCCUUGCUCCGACUCCGCUCGCCUUGGCCGCGUCGUUCUCGGAUUAUACGGCCGUCACGUUCCUCUCACUGUCUCCACUUUCAAACGCAUGUGCACUUCUUCCUCCUCUUCCACAUCUUACAAAAACACCCCGAUCCACAAAAUCUUCCCCGGUCAGUUUUUCCUCGCCGGAAGACAAGGAUUGCGGCGAGACACGACGGAGAUCGGCUCUCUCCUUAAGGAUUUGCCUCGAAACACCGACGUCGUUAACUCCAAGUCUUUCCUCCUCCCGCACGCUCGUCCUGGUCUCGUCUCUCUUUGCUUAUCGGAAAACGACGAUGACGACGAAACAAGACUCGAUCCUGAUUACAGAAAUGUCGAAUUCUUAAUCACCACAGGACCUGCUCCUUGUCCGCAGCUCGACGGCGGCAACAUCGUCUUCGGAACUGUGCUUGAAGGAUUAGAUGUGGUGACGAGUAUAGCUGCAGUUCCGACGUUUAAACCGUCGGAGAAUAUUCGACAGUUUAACGAUUUUGCUGAGUUUAUCGGAGACGAAAGAGCUCAAAACGCACGAUCUCUGUGGAACAGACCUCUCAAGACUGUUUACAUUAGUGAUUGUGGAGAGCUUAAGGUCACUAAACCUUCACUCUCUCCAACUCUUCCUUAA